AUGGAGAAGGCUGGGAUGCUGGCCCAGUAUCUAGGCUGGGAUUGUGUGGACCUGUCCCCACAGCAGGUCCCACUCAGCAGGGGCUCUGCCUCCACCUGCGAGGCCCCCUCUCCUCCUCCUAGCAAUUGCAGCAAUCAUCUCUCAGCCCAUCUCGCUGCUACCCAAGUGGCUGCCCACGGGCGAUAUGGGACAAGGCAGCCCACCAGCCGCAGGGCCUGGCCCUCUGGGAGCUGCCCCUGCUUGAGUGACCCUGCCAAAAGGGGUAAGGGAAGGGGGCCACAGGCGGUGCCGGGCCGCGGUCCGGAAAUCGCCGAAUCCCCCCACGAGGAGUGGCUGUGGCCGCGGGCGCAGGCCGCUUGCAUAAUAGGCGCCCGCCCGCCUGUCAACAAGCGCAGCUCGCCCGGCGCGGUUCGGAUUAAAGCGCUCCUGAAAAGGCACAAAGAGCCGACGCCGCUCGCCCGCCAGCUCGAGCCCGAGCAGGGGGCUUUACGCGCGCCCUCCACACGUAGCCCAGCCGCCCACGCGCGCUCGCCCACGCCCCUCUGCCCGAGGGCGCGCUCGCCCACGCCCCUCUGCCCGAGGGCGCGCCCCACGCCCCUCACCUCUCGCCUGCUCAGCGCCAUCUUGGAAGCUUGUGACGUCCGCGCCGCCCGCUCGCCGCUGACCCACAUCUGA